GAAAAGUACGCCCACAUGUUCGACGUGAAGACACCGACGCGCACCUACUACCUGGCGGCGGACACCGAGGACGACAUGCGGGGCUGGGUGAACUGUAUCUGCCAGGUGUGCAACCUGCAGGAAACGCAAACCGUCGACGAUCGGCCCUACUACAACAUUGGGGCGAUCAACAUGAUGAACGAUGCGGUCAAUAUGGCCGUCGAAACGAGACCUCCGGCGAAGGCGAACGGUGGUGGCCCCUCCACGACCGAAACGGACAUUUCCAAUGAAACCGAGACGACAAUGUUGAACCAUUCGGUACCGGCGGGAGCUGCAGAUACUGCUGCCGAUCAGCAGGUACCGAUGCAAGGGCGGGCCUUCAGCAACAACAACAACCCGUACGGCACGUAUCAAAACGAAGAGAUGAUGGGCAUGCGUUCGGCACACGGAGAUUACACGAACCGCGAAACGAUCAUUUGUGAGGCGAAACUGAACCUAUCGCACCAGCAGCCAUCGGCAUCGAACAUUAUUGCACCGCCCGAAGCGUACUCGAACCUGGACGUGAUCGAACGAUCGCAAUCGCUUCGUGGCAAACCCGGCACUUCGGCGGCGGCCAAUGGGAACGGGGCAGGCACCACCACCAGCGCUACCACCGGAAGUCCGCUCGUGAACCAUAUGCGGACACAGUCGCUCAACAUUGAGCAGCGCGGAACGAAGCGGAUCCCCGAGAAUCUGAAGCUGACCGAUCGGUCGCCCUCGAGUGCGUUCGACAGUGGACCGGAGCAACCGUCACCGGCCCUCAGCACGUCGUCCGGGCCGUACAUCCCGAUCAGCGAGUGCUACUCGGGCAGUCCGGUCACUCCGCUCAACUCGCUCGAUCCGCGGUUCUACGAAACGCCUCGGAGCCACACGAAUGUAGGCUUCAAUCUUGUGAGCAACGAGCAACCGUACUCGCCGAAGCGAAGUAACGUCGGUGGUGGCCAAGCCGGCGGCCACCAGGGACCUUCGUCGCUCGUGAUGACAGCCGUGGGAGGCCAGCAGAAAGUGGUCAUUCCGGGAAGCGGCAAAUCGAGCCCUUCCGACUCGGAAAGUGUGUUCACCGAUGACGAAUGGACGGCACCGGCGGGAAGUAGCAACGGAGUUGGCGCUGGGGCCGGUGGUGCCGGUGGCGGCAGUGGAACCGGAGCUAGCCGUGGCGCAGGAAAUGGUGGAACGAUCGAUCGGAACGCACGGCCAUCGGACAGUUCGAUCGAGAACGAUGCCGUCGGGUGGACGUACGUGCAGCGCUUUUCCAAAGUACCGAACAGCUCGGAAGAUAAGCCACAGCAGCAGCACAGCGAUCCGAAGGUGACCGGCAAUGGACCUGCCGGGGCCCCACCGAGACCUCCGAAGCGGGCAAGCAUGAACCUGGAAGGCAUCGAGAAAACUAAGGAUUUGAUAGCUUCCGACACGGAGAAUGUUUCGCCGGCCAUCAUUGGCCCGAAGGACGCCAGCUCGUGCAUCGACGAGUUUUACGAUAUUCCGCGGUCCCAUCAGCAUCCGUACACCGGAAGCAGCAUGCACCUGCCGGAUGGGGAUCUUCUGUCGCCGCUCAGUCACUGCGAUCUGGUCGCUUCGAGCACUCCCAAUCUGAUCGGCGAGUUCACUACCGGUGGUGGUGGAACGUUGGGCCGUGGUGGUCCGCGACCCCAUUGUUACACGAAUGCGGCUCCAACCAAGGUGGAGGGCAACGUAUUUCGUUUCGAUUUCAGCGAGCAGCCCGAUGCUCCGAUCAUUAACCGACGGCUGAAACCUCGUUCGUCGAUCGAUAUUACAAAGUCGAUCGAGUCGAUCACGCAGGGUGUCAAGCAACUGGGCGGGCCGGCCACUGUUCCUGCAGCUCCACCGGCAACACCGGUCGCCAUAGUCGGUCAACAGCCAUCGGUGCCGACGGUCAAAAGUCCACCGACAAUCGAUCGUACGCGCAAACCAGCCACGCCAAAGAUUGGAACGAAUUCGAUGCGCCGCAAGGGAGGACCGGUCGCACUGAACCUGGCGUCGAAUCAGUCCUCGGAGAGUACGUACGGUAACACGCAAGAGACAAACGCAAGCGCUGCGCUGCUUGUCAACGUUUCACCCCGAGCGCCAGGGAAGAACGAAGAUCGUUUGCAGUAUCUCGAUCUGGAUCAUUCGAACAGUCCACAAAAAUCAUCGACGGCCACCAGCUCCGGGCCGUACUCGUUGACCGGCCUGACUGGCAUCGGUUACGGUGGGGUUCCGGCCAAUCACCAGCAUCAUCACGGUAGUGCCGCUGCGCCGAAGACAGGAAAAUCGGAACCGGGUGGUGCCGGUGGAAGCGGUGCUAACGUUCCCACCGUUCCCGGCGCCGUCGGUUCGGGCUCCCGGCCCGGUAUCGUGGACGUUCCGGCACCCAUCACGAACCGCACACCGUACACGACGGUGGACUUUGUCAAAACGGAUGCUUUCAAUCGAAUCCGAGCCGAUUCGGAACUGGCGCGCCAGAAAGAUCAGGCGUCGUAAAAGGCGACGAUCAUUUUAAAGGCUCAGCAAAAAUGUUGUUCCAAAGAGAAGGAAGGAAGAAAAGGGAUUGAACUGAACACGACGGACGGAGGCGGAGCGUGAUGUAGUUGAGUGCAAUUAAUGCAAUCUGCCUUAUCAGCUCGUUCUGACUGCGAGAACUGCGCUUUUUAGCCUUUACACACGCCAUGGCAGCGACGGCGACCCGGCGACCUUUUAAAACCAAACUUAAUUCGCUCGCUCCCUACUGAUGAAACCAUUUGUCUCUUCCCUUCUCGAGUGCCUUUUUUGGCGGCGAACGAAGGAAACACGAAGGCCGGAACAUGUCAUGACGUCACACAGAGAAACGAAAGUAUUUCUAUGCAUUUGAUCGAAACCGAAAGCUUCCAAAGCCUGCAUCAUCGUGCAGCGAACAAAAACGCCGAGCAGAGCGCCUUUUUAUGCUUAGGCCGCAUAUACACAAAGUCCGCACAAUUUCCAAUUUGUUAGCGAUACAAUUGUAGGCAUUUAACUUUGUAGGACCUUAAGACCUUAGACUAGACACCAUUACU